UGUGUGAGUGAGUAAGUGAGUGAGUGAGUGAAUGAGAGAGAGAGAAGGAUCUUCAAACACAGCAGGAGACUGGCAGAUCCAUAGCAGCAGAAGUCUCCUGAGAGUGACCGAUGCUCCACACACAACCAUGAAAACGUGACCACAUCUAUCUGCGUCACCAGUCUCUUCUCAUGGCUUAACUUGACUGUAGGAGCUCUAUCUGGACUAUGACAUUCUGGACUGUGGACUAUGCAUUCAUGAACUUCUGAUUUUUGUUUGGAAACAUACUGAACGCAAAUGUUGCCAGGGCAGAGCGAAGAGGAGAAAGUGCUUUGAGGAAAAUCUUCCCAGCUGUACACUUAUCAAACAAAAACACGCGUCGCGCACACACACACACACACACACACAGAGACACACACAUGUGGGUAUGGCGUCCAGUGCGGUGGCGUACGCUGCGCUCAUGAUCGGCUCCAGCGCCUGCUCGGUGUGCGGCAAUUCCAUGCUUCUCCUGGUGUCGCUCCUCAACAAGAACCUGCGCACGGACACCUGGCCGCUCACCUGCAGCUUCUGCCUGUGCGACCUGGCCCUGGGCCUGUCCAUCAUGCCAUUGAGCGCCCACACCAGCAUACUGCGGCCCACCGAGGGCUACCCUAGUGAGGGCACGCUCUGCCAGGCCUCUGCCUUCAUAUUUGUCCUGCUCCAGCUGGCCUCUGUCCACUCACUCACCUGGGUCACCGUGGACAAGUUCACCGAGAUCUGCUUCGCGCUGAGCUACGCCCGCGUCUUCACCGCGCGCCGUGCCUGGGCCGUGCUCGUUGCCGUCUGGAGCUACUGCCUGCUCAUCGGCGCGCUGCCGCUGGUGGGCUUCGGCAACUACGGCUACAGCGCCGGACGCUACGUGUGCGCGCCCAGCUUCCGCAGCUCGUGCAUGGGCUUCAACGUGCUCUUCGUCGGCCUGGGCAUCAUCGCGCCCAUCCUGGCCAUGUGCUGCCUGUACGGCUACAUCGUCUACGUGGCCAAGAAGCAGGCCCGCCGCGGCACCUUCGUCUGCAACGAGCAGCACUGCUUCUACGUGCCCGCCAACAACUACCUCCGCAGCUCCGUCGUCAUGAUCGCCCCCGUAGUGUGUCUGUUGGUGUGCUGGAUGCCCUACAUCGUGAUCUGUUUCUACGAAUCACUAACGGGGAGGGAGAGCCCUGAGCCUGUCUCUGCUGUGGCCACAUGGCUGAUGCUCUUCACCUCCGCACUGAACCCCUGGAUCAACUCAAUGACUCAAACACGCUACCGGGCGGCCCUGUGGCUUAGUCUGACCAAGCUGCGCCAGACGUUCCAGCAGCGUCGCAAGACCUCCCUGUCUCAGGUAAUGACCACCCAGCCGGCCAGCGCUAGAGAGAGCUGCUCGUCCGCACCACCACCGCCCCCCUCCGGCCAACCACGAGCACCCACAGGCCCUUCCCAGCAUCCCACGGGGCAUGAGCAUCAGCACAAACCCAGCACAUGAGCAUGAGCAUGAGCCCAGUAGCUAGCACAGUGCAGGGCCGAGCCAAUCCCAGCGUGCACAUCAACGGGUCAGAAAAACAACAAAAUAACAAAAAAAAAAAGAAAACGCAAAGCAACAUGCCAUAUGGAGGCCACAAAAUGACUUAAAAGACGCUUGCAUUUUUCCAGCGCUUUCCAAGCCAAGUGUGGACGCAGCAGUAACAUGUGAGUGAGAGUGAGGAGGAGUGAGGAGACAGGAGUGCACUAAAGACUUCUCUUUCUACAAAAGGACUGCUUGUCUGCACACCACUGUGUCAAUGCCACUGCGGGGACCACUAAAGGACCUUCUCUAGCCGCUUAAGUUAAAAAACAACAGCUCACUCGCUUGCCAACACGUGCACUCUCAAUGCCAUCAGUGGGCACGACUCACACUGCGCCAAACACAACAAAGGAUUCGGGAUGUUU